AUGGGCCCAGCAGCGAUCCAGACUCCGCCCUCAAGAUGCCACGCCAAGAAGCAGGCCGCCACGCUCGAGCGGGAGUUCCUCUCCUGCCCCGUCACAGCGCUCGCCUUCCUCCACGACCCCGCCAGCGCCCCAGCGGCGGGCGAGGGGGGGCCCGGCGCAUACCUGCUUGCCGGCGAGGACACGCAGCUCAAGGUCUAUGAGGCACAGACGGGCGUCUUGUGCGGCGAGCUGCGCGCCUUCGAGUCCAGCGUCGUCCACGGCAUCGCGGUGGCGCCCGGGGCCGAGCGCGUGCUCCUCUGGGGCGGCGCCUCCGUCGCCGUGAUCCCCGGGCGCGUCAUACGGGCCAUGAUUGAGGGCCGCGUCGGGGGCGACGGGCGUCGGCGGCCGUGGCGGGGGGACGGCUGGUGCCCAAAUGAAGCUACGGCGCCCGACUGGAUCUACGACGGCAUCUUGGACGGCGGUAGCCCGGAACGAGGCGUUCUCGUCACGGCGCACAAUGAGAUGGUCCCGUUCUGGCUCCUCGACGGGCCCGCUGACGGCCGCGGCUCGCCGUCGGUCUCGUUCGGCGCCGUCGUCUCGCCAUCCCGCCCGAUCCUGUACUCGGCCAACGUCUGCUGCCUGGGGUCUGUCGGUGGCCCGUCGGGCAGAGGCGACAACGGCGACGAGGUUCUCGUGGCCGGCGGGACCGUCUUUGGCGAAAUAGUCGUCUGGAAGUGCCGUCCAUGGGACGAGGGCGGCGGCGGCGCGACCGAGGUCCUCUACGUGCUCUCGGGCCACGAGGGCUCCGUGUUCGGGGUCACCAUCUCGGAGGAGCUGACGCUGCCGGGCAGGGGCGGCGAAAAGGUCAGGCUGCUCGCCAGCUGCAGCGACGACAGGACCGUCCGGAUCUGGGACAUCACGGACCGCGCCGGGGGGGUGAUGCCGGCCCGCCGAGCUGGGAAGCUGCUGGCCGAGAGCCGCGAGACGGGCUUCGGCGGAGAUGCCCUAGAGCACCACGACGGGCCGCAGACCGGCUCGGCCAAGGACGGCGCCGUGGGCCCCAAAGAGCAGCCGCUAAAGGCGUUGGCUGUCGCCAUGGGCCACCAAUCCAGGAUAUGGCAUGUGCGCUUCUCGACCCGGGGCUUGCUCCCGCCAGUGCCCGAGGGGGACUGUGGCGGAGGCCAAGAGCCGUCGUCGUCGUCGCGGCUGACGGUGUACUCCUUCGGCGAAGACGCCACGACGCAGGAGUGGCUGCUCACGCUGGGCCGCACAGAGGGUAUCGCGCACGUGUUCGGGGCCCUGUCGCAUGUCAACACGGUGCCGUGCCAUGGCGGGAAGCACAUCUGGUCAACCGCGGUGCUCGGCCGUGCCGGCGGCGGAGAGCCGUUGAUAGCAACCGGAGGCGCCGAUGGGAAGAUUGCGCUGCUUGGGCCGACCGCUACACUCACACAUGCCGCUUCCCCUGUCGAACCAACGCCUCCAUCACUGGAUGUCGUCGAUGUGUCGUUCGCCUUCUCGGACGUUUCGCCGUUGACAGAGAGCGCAGGCGCGACGGCCCACAAGGCCAAAGGGGAAACGUUCAAGACGUUUGCCUUCGUCUCGGAGAGCGACAUCUUGGUGACGUCGACGUUCGGCAACGUCUUUGUCGGACACGUGCAGGACGACGACGAUUCGCGGGUCUCCUGGGCCGGGCUGGAGCUGCCCGGCGAGGUCCGGUCCGAUCUCCGGGGCUACAACAUCGUCAGGGGGCCCGCCAGAAACCAGUCCGGGUUCUGCUUCCUCGGCUCGGCGAGCGGCGCCGUCUACAUGUUUUCGUCAAACCCCGUAUCACGUCUCGAGAAGAUCACGGGGCUUGGGCGCAAGGUCUCUGAUAUCUUUGUGCUUCCGUCAUUACCGAAAACCUCCAACGGGUCUAGUACUUGUACGCCAGAUGCUCACCUUCAUCUCAUUGUGACACUGCUGGGUCACGAUGAAGCAUUUUUUAUCACUAUCGCACAUCCAAGCAAGAGUGCUAGCGUAGCCAAGGUAGUCGCAGCCACAACCCAAAGCAUACCUUUGCCAAGCGACUGCGUCAUCACGGCGGCCAAUCUCUCUGGGGGCCUCUUAAGUCUUGGGAGCAGGGACGGGGGACUACUAUUCUUUAGGAACCGCCUGUAUGGCCAAGCUGGCGACGACGCCGGUGGUGCUUGGCAGAGGAUACAAAGCUCACCCGAGACCACGAGGAGCAAAGACGCCAUCACCUCUCUCGUGCGCCUUCCGGGGACCGCGUCGGGAGACGUCUCGCCUUACAUACUUGCGACAUGCCGCGACGGCAACUAUAUGAUUUACGAGCUGGAAACCCGGACAGACGGUCUCAGCGGCGGGUGCGGGCAGGAGACCAUCUCCCUCGACCUCGUUCACGACUCGUCUCCGCCGUUCGGCCCCGUCAUAACAGAAGCCUGGUUCGAAGAGGGCGAGGAGGGCGGCCAGGCCGAGCUGAUGCUGUGCGGGUUCCGCAGCAGGUACUUUGUGGUGUGGAACGAGACGCGGCAGCACGAGGUCGCCACCGUCGACUGCGGCGGCGUGCACCGCACCUACGCCUACGUGACUCGGAGGCGGGAUGCCGCGAGGCCCGGGGCGGGACGACGGCGGCAGCAGCAGCAACAGGAAUGGGUCCGGUUCGCCUACUCCAAGGCCCAGCGCACGCACAUGUACACGCAGCAGGGCGCCGGCCACAUCGCGCUCAGGACGGGCACGCACGGGCGCGAGAUCAGAGCGGCGAGCUGGUGCCAUGUCACCCCCGCCCAUGACCUCGAGACCGAGGAGGAGGAGGGAGGCCGCCUCCUGGCCACGGCGGCCGAGGACACCACCGUCCGCAUCUGGAGGUACGAGGCCCCGGCGGCGGACAGGGGCGGCGGGGCGCUGCUGCGCUGCGCGGCGUCGCUCAGCGCCCACACGGCCGGCCUGCAGUCCCUGCGGUGGUGUGGUGGCGGCGGCGGCGGCGGCGGCGACGGGCGGCACCGCUACCUCGUCAGCAGUGCGGGCAACGAGGAGCUCUUCAUCUGGCGCGUCUCGCGCCUGGACGGGCGCUCGCGCUACUGCGGGCUGGCCGUCGUGCGCGAGGCCGCGUACCCGGACCGCACCGCCGACGGCGACCUCCGGAUCCUAAGCGUCGACGCCUCGGAGGAGGGCGGCGGCGGCGGCGGCAGCUUCGUCGUGUCUCUGGUGCUGUCCAACUCCGAGGUCAAGACGUACCGGUAUUCGCGCGAGCUCGGGUUCGUGCUCCUCGCGCGCGGCAUGUACACGGGCGCGUGCCUGACACAGGUCCGCCACCUCUGGGUCCAUGGCGAGGGCGGGCUUGGGCUGCUGCCGCUGCGCGUGCUGACGGCCUCGACCGACGGCAGCGUCGUCGUGUGGGGGACUAGGGGGGGCGAGGGGCCGGCGCCGGCCGAGUACGUCAUCAAGAGCGUCCACGGCCUGCACCAAAGCUCGAUAAAGGGGCUGGACGUGUGGGCGGUGCCGGCAGAGGGCGGUAGUGGUGGUGCUGGCUGGGUGGUCCUGACAACAGGCGACGACAACGCCCUCGGGAUACUGCAGCUGCACGAGGACGAUGCGGCCGACAACAACAGCAACAGGCCCCAGAACAGGCGGGCCAUUGUGCGGUCGGCACACGCGGCAGGGAUCACGGGGAUACGCGCCAUCAAGUCCGCGCUGCCGGGCGAGGUCCUCGCGGCGACUGUCAGCAACGACCAGCGGGUCAAGCUCUGGAGGGUGCGUGGGUUGGGGUCCGGCAAGGAAAAGGGGCUGAAGGUCGAGCUAGUGCAGGACAAGUACAGCGCUGUUGCGGAUGCGGGAGACCUCGCCUUGUCUACUGAUGGCAAGCUGGUAAUUACCGGGGUCGGGGUGGAGGUUUGGAAGAUGGAUCUCGGUGAAGAGGACCACUAGAUCAUAGAACAAAGCCCUUGUGCGAAACUACAAUAACAUAUAAGCACUUGCCACUCGGUUCCGAGUUCUUCCCAGACUUCGCCUGCCACUCUCGAAGCGAACCUGUCGAUAUACGCCCGUAAUUUUACCUAGUGAAUUUAGUCUCGUCCCUAAGCACUUUCACCUGACAGGAGAUACAACACGAGGAGGCAGUUCAACACGAGAUAUCACAAUGUUUAAUUAAAUCAAGUGGGAAGGAAAUGUGACGUAAAUACUACAAGAAGAAAAAGCAAAGAAUGUAAAUAAAUGAAACGAAGAAAGCAAAAAAGCAAAAGAAUAUCGUGACCACUGCAGGGAUCGAACCUGCGACAUUAUGCGAGCACAGGAUAACACUGUAAAG